AUGGCGGAGUUAACCCACCAGAACCAAGAGUUGGUUAGAGAACUUAAUAUAAGGAGGCAGUGUCGCGAUGGGAACACUGAAGGACAGGCCCAGAGUCAAGAUGGGAGGAAUGUUGAAUUUGAAAGCCAGUCAAGGGGUACCACUUCAAGGAGGGUGUCUUACUUGGAAAGGGAAAUGGACCAAAUGAGAAGAACUAUGAAUGAGAUGAAGGAGAGUAUGAAGAGGACGAACCUUGUAGAAGACUUGGUUCACAGAACUGAUUCCCCUUUUGUGGCUUCCAUCAAUGCUAAACCUUUGCCACCCAAGUUCAAGAUACCUUCCUUAGAUUCAUAUGAUGGGACGCGGGAUCCGUUUGACCACAUUGCCACCUUCAAAACUACCAUGCACCUUCAAGGGGUUCCGAAUGAAAUAAUGUGCAGAGCUUUCCCUACUACCCUCAAAGGACCAGCACGAGUGUGGUUUAACAAAAUACCUCCGAGCACAGUAACGUCCUUUGAGGAGUUAAGCAAGUUAUUUGUCAACAAUUUCAUCGGAGGACAGAGGCAUAAGCGUUCUUCAUCCAGUUUGCUAACCAUAGAACAAGGAGAGAAUGAAAGUUUGCGGUCCUUCAUCACGCGGUUCAACAGGGAAGCCUUAGCAGUGGACGAGAUGGAUGACAAGCUCCUUUUGACGGCUUUCCACAAUAGGGUUCAUUCUGACUUGUUCAUCCAUAAGUUAUAUGAGCAGGAGCCUCAAACCAUGGCUGAACUCGUCCACUCAACCCAGAACUUUAUGAAUUCAGAAGAUGCUAUCAUAGCCAAGAAAAGGAAGAGAGUUGAGAAAAUAGAAACUAACCCCACUCGCCAUUCAGAACAAGGUCCUCGUCCUAAAAAGGGACGAACAGAAUAUAAGAAGGAUCAAGACAAGAAGGCGAGCCCCUCAGCACGAAGUCAACAAUAUACACCAUUGAACAUGCCGCUCGAGCAAGUCCUAAUGCAAAUCAAGUAUGAUCCUUCCUUGAAGUGGCUAGAGAAAAUAAAGGGAGAUCCUAAUAAGCGCAAUAGGAAUAAGUAUUGUCACUUCCAUAAAGACCAUGGGCAUGAUACAGACGAGUGUUUUGAUUUAAAGCAGCAGAUUGAGAAUCUUAUAAGGCAGGGAAAAUUGAGAAGUUUCCUUGGACGAGACCACAAGGACGAGAAAUUCAAGGGAAAAGCCGAAGAGUCGUCACGACCACCUCUCGGAGAAAUCAGAGUUAUUAUAGGAGGAAGCUCUACAGGCCAGUCGUCCAAGUCCAAGAAAGCAUACCUAAAGGUGGUGCAGAGCGUCCAACUCUUUGGACAAUCACCCAGAGCAAGGACCACGGACGAACAAGCAAUCACGUUCACAGAAGAUGAAGUUGAAAGAAUUCACCAUCCUCACGACGAUGCUAUCGUCAUUACCUUAUUUAUUGCUGACUACACAACCAGAAGGGUGCUAAUGGAUAAUGGAAGCUCAACAGAUAUUUUGUAUUUUCCAACUUUUCAGCAGAUGAGACUAGGACGAGACCGUCUUCAUCCAAUGAAUUCCCCCCUGGUAGGUUUUGGUGGAAGGAAGGUGCAGCUCGUGGGUACUAUUACAUUGCCAAUGGUAGUAGGGGCAUAUCCACAGCAAAUCACCAAGGACGUGAACUUUCUUGUGGUAGAUUGUUCGUCCUCCUAUAACGCCAUAAUUGGAAGGCCAACUUUAAAUAGUUGGAAGGCAGUUACAUCCACCUACCACCUGUCAGUCAAGUUUCCAACAGACUAUGGAGUAGGACAAGUAAAAAGAGACCAACUAGCAGCAAGAGAAUGUUACCUGGCCAUGUUGGCCACGGACGAGCAAGUUCAAACCAUGAAUAUUGAAGAAAAGAAGGUUGUGGUAGAACCCAUUGAAGUGUUAGAAGAUAUUUCCUUAGAUGAAAAUAACCCUGAGAGGUGUACCAGGGUUAGGGCAAAUCUAGAAGGAAGGGUUAAGGAGGACCUCGUCCAGUUUUUAAGGAAAAACAUAGAUGUAUUUGCUUGGAGUCAUGAGGAUAUGCCGGGUAUAGAUCCUAAUGUCAUCACCCACCGUUUGAACGUAUGUCUUUCCUCAAAGCCAGUGCGACAAAUGAAAAGGGUGUUUGGCCCUGAGAGAGAUAAUAAUAUUAAAGACGAAGUUUAG